AUGCCUCAUGACACCGGCGACGGUAUUCUCUCCACCGGGACGCAAGACAAGCGGGCGCUGAGCAUCUGGAGUGAUAUCUACAUGCACGCGGGGCGCCGGCUCACAGCGGAGAGCGCGGCAGCAGCGUAUGACGUCUAUUCGUACUACUUCGUGCAAGUACAUGACAAUUCGACGGUCAAGUAUGGUGUGACGCACUUCCAAGAGGUUGACUUCGUGUUCAAGAACCCGCUUCUGACGCAGAACCUACUCUCCACUUUUCCCGGCGACGCUGAGAUUAUGAACCUUGGACCCUAUUCACAGGGGGGUCGAUGGUGUCCCACGAUGGCCGAGCUAUCGCCAUCAACAAAAGAACGUGGGGUUCAAGCACCAGGGAAGGUACACGAGGACGAAGAUUACCGCGCUGAGGCAUCGCUUUCAUCGACACCCCCGAGGACGAACUGCAAGAUUGAAGUCUAG